AUGGCCACCACUUUGAAUAAAACACUUCCUGAUCUCUCAAAGCUUGAGCCUUUAGAUGGAAAUAAUUAUAAGCGUUUGUCCCAGAAACUUUUAAUUUUCUUUGAACAAUUAGAAGUUGAUUAUGUUUUGUUUAGCGAUCCUCUUGCUGAUAUUGCUGCUAAUAGUUCUAAUGCUGCUAAUAUUGAUGUUGUUGAUGAUGCUGCUAAGAAGAAAUAUGAAAAGGAUAAUAAAACAGUAAGAGGGCAUCUGCUUAGCCAUAUGACUAACCCUCUCUUUGAUUUGUUUAUAAAUUAUAAAUCCGCUAAAGUCAUAUGGGACAGUUUGGAGAAGAAAUAUGGUGCUGAUGAUGCGGGAAAAAAGAAGUAUGUCGUUGGAAAGUGGAUCAAGUGUCAGAUGGUUGAUGACAAGCCAAUCAUGGAACAGGUUCACGACUACGAGAACUUAACUGCUGAUGUUUUGAACGAAGGCAUUGAGAUGUGUGAGAUUCUUCAGGCUAAUGUUUUGCUUGAAAAGUUUCCACCUUCCUGGAGUGAUUACAGGAAUCAACUAAAACACAAGAAGAAAAACCUAACUCUUCAAGAACUAAUCAGUCACAUGAGGACUGAGAAAGCAAACCGUCUCAAAGAUGAGGAGUCUGAACAACUUAAGGAUAAGAUGAAAUCUCUCUCUCUCUUAAUUCUUCUAAAGCUAACCUUGUGGAAUCUUCUAUGCAACCAGAGACAAGGACAAAGCUCAAAGAAUGGAGGAAAAGCUCCAGUCCAAGCCAACCUUACUGAGGAUGGUGAUGUCAUUGCUGUAGUUGUUGAGGCAAACAUGGUGGCUAACAAGACUGACCGGAUACUGGGCACAGGCGCUUCAAGGCAUCUUCGCGCCAACAAAGAGCUGUUUCACGACUUUGAGGAAUCUGCUGAUGGCGAGUGUGUCUACAUGGGUAACUCCACUACAGCUGCAGUUAUGGGUAAAGGAAAAAUUCACCUUAAGCUAACUUCUGAAAAAACCUUAUAA